AUGGAUUUAUAUAAUUAUCCAGUGCCUGACUUACAAGCUAAUGAGUUGAGCUCUAAUUUGUUGGAGCUGCAACAUCUCAACUACUUGGAUCUCAGCGGAAACAGCUUCAAUUAUAGCAAGAUUCCCAACUUCUUUGACUCAAUGAAGAAUCUAAAGUAUCUAAAUCUGUCUCAUGCGGAUUUUGGUGGAUUGAUUUCUCUUCAAUUUGCAAAUCUUACUAGCUUACAAGUUCUUGAUCUUCGAGGUCUUUAUGAUGUUAGUACUCGUACUUUCCAGUGGGCUUCAAAUCUUUUGUCUAUCGAAUAUCUCGAUAUGAAGUACGUAAAUUGUUGGAAUGCAUCAGAUUUAAUGCAAGUACUUACCAAGCUUCCUUCUCUGUCACAUAUCAACCUAUCUGGUUGUGGAUUAAAUAUGGUCAAUUUUCCUUGGCGUUCCAUCAAUUCCACCUUCUCUGCUAGUGUUCGAUACCUAGACCUUUCCUGGAAUAAUCUUGAUAGAUCAAUUCUUAAUGAUCUACAAAAUAUGACUUCUCUUGAAGCACUUGAUCUUUCGUCCACCUUCUAUGCUACUAGUUCCUCAAUUCCAACCUGGUUGGGUGAUUUUCAGAGCAUUGUUUACCUUAAUCUUUCAUCGAGUAAUUAUGAUAGCUUUGAAGGAGAAGGUGGCUUGCUAGAUAUUAAACAUAACGAAAUGGGUGGUCCUUUGCCUGAUUGGUCAGAGCAACUAAAAUUUUCAUGGUACCUUGACCUUUCCCAUAAUUUAUUUCAUGGUCCAAUACCAUCAUCACUUGGAAAACUUUCAUUUUUGAAAGUAUUAGAUCUAUCCGCCAAUCAAUUAAUAGGGUCAAUUCCAGAAUCUUUGGGAAGAUUGUCGAGUUUGAGAAAAAUUGAUCUUUCAGACAAUGAGUUGACUGGGAUUAUUCCAAAAACAAUCGGGAGAUUGUCAAUUUUAGAGUUUUUAGCUUUGUCAUCUAACAAUUUGACUGGGGAUGUGAAAAAUAUAGAAAACUAUAGAUAUUGCUUGAGAUGA